AUGGAAGGUCCACCGAUAACCAACCAUGUCGUAGAGAAGACAAGCUCGGGAAUUGUCCUAACACGCGACUACUACGACCAGACACCGCCUGGCGAGGUCGACUCAGAGGACGAGGCGCAGAAUCUGGAACCAAUACGGCCCAACCAGGAGCCAACCGUUGCCGUGAUUGGCGUCGGCUAUGUGGGUGAGCACCUCGUCAACGCCUUUGCCGGCCAUUGCCCCGUCAUUGGCUUCGACGUCUCGGCGUCGCGCAUACACAAACUCCAACUUGAUCAUCGUAGCGCCGCCGCCCGCUUCACCAGCAAAGCCAGCGACAUUGCGCCCGCUACGCAUUUCUUGAUUGCCGUGCCGACUCUGCUCCUGCCAGACCAGCAGGUCGACUCGUCGUACCUGCGCCAGGCCGUUGCCAUUGUCGCGCGGCAUGCCCGCCCCGGCAGCACCGUCGUCAUCGAGAGCUCCGUCGCCGUGGGCAUGACGCGGGCUCUCCUCGGGCCCGUCGCCGCCGCCAAGAGCCUGUUUGCUGGCAUGUCCCCCGAGCGCGUCGAUCCGGGCCGCACGGUGCCGCCGACGCGCGCCAUUCCCAAGGUCGUCUCGGGCUUGGACGACGUGGUGGCGGGCUCGAGCGACGCGGUUGCGCGGCUGUACGCGCGGGCCUUUGAUGAGGUGGUGCGCGUCUCCCGGCCCGAAGUCGCCGAGAUGAUGAAGCUCUACGAAAACUGCCAGCGCAUGGUGUGCAUCGCCUACGCCAACGAAAUGGCCGACGCCUGCGCCGGCCAUGGCAUCGACCCGUUUGAGGUGUGCCGUGCCGCGGCGACCAAGCCCUUUGGCUAUUUACCCUGUACGCCGGGACUCGGCGUCGGCGGGCAUUGCAUUCCGGUCAAUCCCUUUUACCUCUUGUCCAACAACGACUUUCCGCUGCUGCAGCGCGCGACAGAGACGAUGCGCGCGCGACCGGGCGUGUUGGCGCAGCGCAUCGUGGAAAAGUUGGCCGGGCAGUACGUUGGCGGCGCGCGUCUGAAGAUCCUGGUCAUCGGGAUCGGCUUCAAGCCGGGACAGGCGCACCUGGCCAACUCGCCGGGCCUCGAGCUCGCAAGAAGCCUGGUGCUCUCGGGCAAAGUCGACGUGGUGUGGGCAGAUACGUUGGUGGCACAGGAAGCAGUGCCACAAAUACAGCGGCUUGAGGAGGCAUAUUGGUCAGUGACAUUUUUGGAACUAAAUUUUGACUACAUUGUGGCGGCGACGCGUCCGGCAGGAUUGGAUCUGGAUAUUCUGAGAAGAGUGCCGUCAAAGAUGGUGGAGUGGUGGUUUGCGUAG